AUGCGUCCCACGUCCCACGUCCUUCAGUUGGCAGUCUGCCUCUCGUCCCUCACUCCUCUAGCUACAGCAUGGCCUGGUUGGUUUCCUCAAGCUGAUUCGGUUGUAGUCCGACGAGUUGCCCACCAAGAUCUUCCUCAGGAAACUGCUGUGAUCAAGCCUCGUCAGGAUGACAAGAAGACCGAUGGGGAAGAGGAGACCUCAACCACCCGAAAGAGCAGCCCCAAGCAGACCAACUUGAACACAGCCAAGGUCGAAACAGGAACUGCAACUGGAAAAGAAGAUUCGAAGACUGGAACAGAGACUGGCAAGAAGAAGUCUGGUACCAAGACCGGAACUUCUGCACCUAAGCGCACGACUUUCUCUGCCGACGUGCAACCCGGUGGUGUGAGCAUGCAACAGCCCGAUACCAUGUAUGUCCCUACACCACUCUUCAAGAUUGGUGACUAUGCCACGUUUGGUUGGAACUACACGUCGCUUGAGGGUACCCCUACUGCCAUCGACGUGCUUGUCAGUCAGUCCUCUGCUGGAGAGACAUACACCCUCACAGCCAACAUGACUUUUGCGUCAAACCCAACUUAUGUCUGGGACACCAGCAAGCAGGCUGACGACCCCGACGCUCCUCUCAAUGUCGGCAUGUAUACUCUUAUCAUCAAGGAUUCCGACUCUGAAGUCACCGACAUUCCCUCACCAGGUUACUUGGCUGUACAGAAAACCUUCCAGUUCGGCAUGUACACACCCGCGGCCUACACACCUUAUCCUCAAUGGAACUGCGACAUCUGCGACAACUAA